AUGCUUGCUUCAGUUCCUCAGAUGGACUCGGUACGAUCGCUUUCUCGGAACCAUGAUGUCGUUACGCGGCACCCUUCAGCGGAGGACCUGGACGCUGCCCAGCAGCUGAUAUCUUCGGCCCAAGCUGGCCGGGAACACACCGCGGAUCGUCAUCGGGAUGAGAAGGUAACAGCGCCUGCUCGGUAUCAAAUGGAAACGUCAAUGAAUGGACAACAUUGGCCUGAACUACAAAGAACCGCUCCUCCAGCUGAGAAGACCUCGACAUCGCCAAAGUCGCAGAAAGACACAUCAUUCUUGGGACAUUCCUGCAGUAACUGUGGGACGAAAAGCACUCCUCUAUGGCGACGAUCACCGACGGGGGCGAUGAUUUGCAAUGCAUGCGGCCUAUACUUGAAAGCGAGGAACGUGGCUAGGCCGACCAAGCGCAAUCGAAUGGAACCGGGCUCUGAAGCGGGCGGGCAACAAAUUGGUCAUGGAAAUGCCCAGAGCGAAUCGGCUUCACAGGGCCACUGUCAAUCUAACUCAGGAGGUGGUUCUUGUCCUGGUGGAGGGAAUUGCAAUGGGACUGGCGGAGCCGAGGGAUGCGAUGGUUGCCCUGCUUACAACAACCGAGUUUACAAGUCCGCUGCUCGAGGCACGGUUCCCAUCCAUUCGUGGAGAGCUACAAAUUCAGAGCCCGACCGACCUCUCCCUGAAGCCGAAAACGAUGCGGGAAAGAAUGGCGCACCGGUCGAAGGAGGAAACAUGCUGGUCUCCUGUCAAAACUGCGGGACCACUGUGACUCCACUUUGGCGAAGGGACGAAAAUGGACAUCCCAUUUGCAAUGCUUGUGGACUCUACUAUAAAUUGCAUGGUUGCUACCGACCCACCACGAUGAAGAAGUCCGUCAUCAAACGACGAAAACGUGUUGUGCCUGCCUUGAGAGACCAAUCUCCCAGUGGAGCUACCUAUUCGUCCAACGGUUCGUCUGCGUCGCCGGAGGCAUCUCCUGCGGUAUUGGCUCACGGUCAUGAUGACCACUACCGAUACUUGAGUUCGGAUCCAACAUUGCAGGCUAACCAUCAGCGACAUUAUGCCAUUGCCCCGCCGCCUGUGGAUUUCACGCACUUCAGUGCUACCGGGAGUCUCUCGUUGCCGCAUCACCCUCCCCCUCCGAGACUCCUGGAGCCUGAACGGCUGAGCGCACCUAGUCAUUCUCCCGUUCCACAGUUCGGUCGACGUUCCAUCUCACCCAGCGCUUCCGGCAAUGCCAAGAAGCGAACUCUUGCGGAGACCGGAUCAUCCAACGAUACUUCCUCCAUUCCGACGACGUUGGAAUCGGGUUCUAACCAACUUCCCCCCAUCAUGUCAACUGCCAAUCCCUCUCCCCCCGGCCGUCUCAGCUCGAUUUCCACUCUUCUAAACCACUCAGGCCCGCACGACGAAUCCCGCCUAGAUCCGUCGCUCGCUGCUCUUAGCCAUCAGCAGCAACACCACAAAGCGACACCCUUGGCACCUCAUCCGCCGUCGCAGCCCUUGCCUGGCGUGUCUGAACUUGAAAGCCUUAAAGAAGACCGCCGAGCGAAACUGCAGCGUGAGGCGGAGGAGAUGCGUGAAAUGCUUCGGGCUAAAGAGCGAGAGUUGGCGGAACUGGGAGCGUGA